GCUACACUGCAAGACAACCUCGUGCUUCUCUCCUCCCGUUACUACUCGCUCUACAAGCAAACGUGACUAUUGUGGUUCAGCAUCGAUCGCCAUGCCGACUCCGUCGAAGCUGAACAAGGACCCGCACAACCACUACUUCGACUUGGGGGCGGCGCGGCAGGUGCCGGAGACGCACGCGUGGGAGGGGCUGCACGAGCACCCGGUGGUGGACGGCGGCGUUGGGGCUGGGGAGGACGCCGUGCCGGUGGUGGACAUGCAGGAUCCGCACGCGGCAGAGGCGGUGGCGCGUGCAUCGGAGCAAUGGGGAGCGUUCCUGCUCCAGGGCCACGGCGUGCCGAGAGAGCUGCUGGCGCGCGUCGAGGCCGGGAUCGCCGGCAUGUUUGCGCUGCCGAAGACGGACAAGAUGCGCGCCGCGCGCCAGGGCGGUGACCCCUACGGCUACGGGCUGCCGCACAUCGCGCUCUACUUCUCCAAGACCAUGUGGUCCGAGGGCUACUCCUUGAGCCCGACCAACCUCCGCCCCGAACUCCGCAAGAUCUGGCCCGACGCCGGCCACGACUACAGCCAAUUCUGCGGCGUGAUGGAGGAGUUCCACAAGGAGAUGCGCGCGCUGGCAGACAAGCUGAUGGAGCUGUUCCUGGUAGCGCUCGGGCUCACCGGCCCGCAGAUCGCCGGCGUCGAGGCGGAGCACAAACUCACCGAGACCAUGAGCGAGACAAUACACCUCAACUGGUACCCUAAAUGCCCUGAUCCGAAGCGAGCGCUGGGCAUGAAAGCCCACACGGACUCGGGGUUCUUCGCUCUCCUGAUGCAGAGCCAGGUCCCGGGGCUGCACCUGUUCCGGCACGGGCCGCCGGCUGACAGGUGGGUGGAGGUGCCGGCCGUGCCCGGAGCGCUCAUCGUCAACAUCGGCGACCUCUUCCAGAUCCUCACCAACGGCCGCUUCCGGAGCGUUUACCACCGCGCCGUCGUCAACCGUGACAGGGAGCGCAUUUCGCUGGCCUACUUCCUCGGCCCGGCCGCCAACGCCAAAGUAGGGCCGCUUAAGGAAGUCGUGGGCGGUGGCAGGCCCGCCUACCGCGCCCUCACCUGGCCGGAGUACAUCAUCGUGCGCAAGGAGGCCUUUGCCAACGGCGGCGCCGAUCUCGAGUUCACCAAAGGGGGCACCGCCCUCGAGAUGGUCUCCAUCAACCCCGACGACGACGAUGGCAUGGAUGACCAGGGUGACAUCUCCUCGUAGAUCGGCGUUGACCAUCACUGAAGAUCGAUCUUUCUUUAGAAGCAAAUUAGUGAGGCAAACAAAGAUGAAAUAAAAUGUCAGAAAUGAUUGCUUGUCGUGUUUAAGGUUUCCAUGUCUCCAUACUUGCUUGAGUUACCUGUUAUCAAUGGAAAACAAUCAAUAAUUUUCGUGUCGUCA